CGCGAGGACACAAAUAACCUUCUCCGUACCCUCGGCUCGAUGGGAAACGGCGAGAAGCCCGAGAUUAAACAAAUCGCAGUCUCAAUUAUACGUGUAUGAAUUAUUUAAAGCUGCAUGUGCGUCGUGCGUUAAUUCACAGGCAAGGCACGAACACACCUACAGCACUGCAUGGAACACUCACACGACAGAUGCAACACACACACACACACGGUGUACAUGCUGCACAUACUCUCUUGAUGCUAUGUGCAGCUGACAUUAGGAACACACACACGCCACAUGCAACACACACACACGGUGUACAUGCUGCACAUACUCUCUUGAUGCUAUGUGCAGCUGACAUUAGGAACACACACGCGCCACAUGCAACACACACACACACGAUUUACAUGCUGCACAUACUCUCUUGAUGCUAUGUGCAGCUGACAUUAGGAACACACACACGCGUCCGCCCAUGCACAUUUAGAAGAUCGUGGUGUUGCCGUGUGUGUGUGAGUGUGUGCGUGUGCAAGCUGCCUCGUGAUUUUGCCGUGUGUGUGAGUGUAUGUUGGCUGCAUCCUCCCCUUUAAUCUACACCCCCCCCCCCUCUCUCUCGACUCACCCCCCUCCGCCUGCCCGUCUGUCCGGGACGCGCGUGGUGGAGGAGACGGGCAGACAGGGAGCAGAGGGGCGGAUGAGGACGACGACGACGACGAGGAGGAAGCGACGUGCGGAUGAGAAGCGGUGGUAGAUCUACGACCAGCGUUUGUCAACGGUGAACGACGGCGACUACGACGCACAACCCCAUUCCCGGGCGCUUCGGCUUGCGUCUCUUACAUCAUAACAACCAGCGGCAGGCAACAACAACAACCAGCACCACCAACACCACCACCGCCGCAACCAACGCGAAGCGCGUGCGUGUGCGCGGUCCCGAUUCCCGCCGGCGGUAGCCGCCUUUUGAGGAGGGCUCGAGAAGACGGCGGUGGAGAGGGCAGAGAGGAGAGGAGCGGCCCUCUUUGACCCAUCCACGAGGCAGAACAACGAGGGCGCACACCGGCAGAGCCCCCACCCUCGUGCCCACAGCGUCAUUCUUCCAGGUUCCAGGGAGUCACUAAGUUGACGGUCCCAGCCCUCUUCGGCUCUGGAGAUUCAAUGCAGAUAUGGUGAAGAGGCUUUUCAAGCGGCCACACCCGAGUUGGAUUCCCGCACGCGGCUCACAUCAGUGGCGAAGUGGCCUUGAAUGUUCACUCCGAGGAGCCAUGCGGACUGAGCUGCCCGGCUGCCCCGAGUGAAGGGCAGGUCCGGGUGACCCAGUGUCCCGGCUAGAGGGCAGGGCGAAGCCGAGGCUUGCCGUGCAAAGGGCGAGACAGCGGGCCAUGCCGCCGGGCAAGGAGAAGUCUCGUCGCUCCCGCGGCCACGGAAUGCCCUCGCCGGCGCUGUGCUGCGCGUGCGGCCUCUGCGUCAUGCUGGCCGGCAUCAACAUCACGCUGGUCGGCGUGUUCGCCUUCGGCUCGUUCGCGCCGGGCAGCAACCCGCCCAUCAUCAUCGGGCCCGUGCUCCUCGCCCUCGCGCUCCUCUUCUUCGGCGCGUGCUGCGUGUGCAGCAGGAGGCCGGGCGGUUUCUCCGCGCCGGGAGCCGCGCGGCGCAAGAAAGCGGCGUCGAAGGCCGGCGGGGGAGCGCGGGGAGGCGGCGGGUUCCCGCGGGCCGGCGCCGCGUCCGCCUCGGCCGCGUCCGGGGUGGCCGGCGCCUUCGAGCUGGAGACGAGCGAGCACACGAUCCAGGACACCACGGCCUUCCAGCUCAGCCCCACCGCAUCGCCGGUCUCGUCCAAGCCGCCCAGCCCGGUGCACGCGGGGGAUGGGGACGCGGCGUCGAUGGGAGGAGUGGGGCAGCAGCAGCAGGUCGUGGGGGCGUGCGGGGUGUUCACCGUGCCAAGCAGAGCCAGCCCGGUCGGAGGCUCGGCAGCCGGCGUGCACUACCGGAGCACCGCCGAGUCCGUGCACAUCCCUCUCGGGGAGCAGAUGUGGCCGGACCUCGAAUGCGGGCAGCAACAGCAGCAGCAGAAUCAGAACGUUAGCCUCAUCCAGUAGCGGCCGCAACCAUCCGGGAAGACCUAGCAAAGGCUGACAAGGUGGAAGCCGUUUACGCGGAGCGAGUGUUUCGCUGGUGGGAUCUCGCAAUGGAAAUGUUUCGUGCUGCCCAUCCGUGUCGGGUCGCUUGGCCAAGGGAGAAAUGCGUUAGUCACGCGAGAGCAGCCCGAUUCGUGUACCCAGCCAGCACGGUUGCCCCUCCCGUGCGGAUGACGCAACGGAGCGCCGGAUCGUUUGCGAGUUAUGGAAGGACAGCAGUCGUGAUCACGAAGCGAGUCCGUAGGCCAAAAUCCAACCCGUGACCUCCCAAUGUUCCAGGCCAGAAUCUAGGAGUUAGGAACUCGCGGCUCGACUGAGUGCUGCGCUGUGCUCGUCACUGAGCGUGCCGACGUGACCUCAUCGCCGUAGCUAUCGUCAUCGUCAUCACCAUCCUCAUCAUCAACAAUACCAUCAUCGAUGAUGCAUAUUACUAAUCGUCAUUAUCACUGUCACUGGCGGUGACACAGCUCAUUGGCAGGCGCGUUCGACGAUGGUCGCAGAGGUUUGUUGUUCGAGCCCGGCUGCCGACCUGGUUAAUACUGCGGGGGUACGAACCACAAAAUACUUGGCGCCAUCUGCCUCGCAGUUGACGUUACAGAUCCCGAGACGUCAUUCGAAAUGAGUCCGAAUUUGGCAACAACACCAGAAAUCACCCGCAAAUUACUCUUUUGCGAUUACACAAAUCAAUCAGAGUCCCCGAUGAACAGACUAAUGCCCGUUGCAGGCCAGUUUCUGUGUCACCGUGUGCCGCACAGGGACAGCUACCAUUGGGGGUGCCCUUUAAAAUGUUUUGAGAUGAUAUGUCAUGUAAAGUUACUUGUCGCGUGUAAAGCGCGUAAAGGGCGAUUUAUCGAAAACAAAUCAUCGUCAUUAUUAUCGCCACCACCGCCAAUCAUAAAUAAUUAUAUAUGAAUAGGAUUCUUCAUAAAUACUGAUUAAUCAAUAUUAUGAAAUGUUGUUUAAUAAUAUACUGAAUAACCACUUCACUCAUCAAUAUAAUCAUCAAUAAGUGGCAUCAGCCUUCCAGAAAGGAAAACCAUCAAGACUCUGACGAAAAUUAUAUUUUCAUCGGCGCCGUUGACCCCAAGGUCUGCCAGCUGCGUUCGUCCAGAUCUUGUGAAUCUCUCCUCUGCCGCACGAACAGAUCCACGUGCUACGAGGAAGGGCUGCUGCCCGGCACGUGGCCUCGUAUAUUUAGCUUUCUUAAGGCCACGCGGUCUUAUUGACGAAUGUGUCCAGAUCACAUGAGGUGUGAGCAUGAGCAGCAGCAGGAGCUCACGCGAUGGAGAAGCUGCUGCCCUCAUUGACUCUUCUCCCUCGAUGCGUCUCCCGCAUGGACGCCUCGCCCCCCCCCCCCCGCUCCAUCAACGCGUCGUGUACUCGUCCGCUAGUCCCUCGCGACACGUUUCCAUGGCCAGCGACGGGGGUGCCGGUGAUCCAACCGAGCUCACGCACGGAAUUCCUCCGAGGCAGAGGCGGGCUCCAGGCUGACUGCUUUGCGAAGCGUGGACACGCGGGCCAAGGUCCCUGGUGUUGCGUCUUGCACCUCCGAUUAGCACUUUUGGCUACGUACGGUGCGAGAGAUGUUCAACAAACCAUACGUACGUGCAUCGAGGCCAGGACUGGGUCGUUCCUGGACAAGCAGAACCCGGCUCUCUGUGGUCGUGGAAAUCAGGCAACGUGGACCCCUCCACUGAUCCGGGCUCAAAGCGGCCAUGGUGCUCUCGUUCUGAACCCAGCCGCGUUCGCGUUGAGAGGUGUUCGUGUCAACGGUCGAUUAUGUAGCCGCAAAAGCCUCCCUGGGGCUCACGCGGCUCUUUUUAACGAGGGUUUUGCUGUGAUAUGUUUGACCGAUUUUAGUAUUUAUUUAUAAUGCGCGACCUGUCUUGUAUAAAAAAAAAACCGCGAGGAGGUCAAAUCACUAUGGCAGCGGGACAUAGGCACCAUCGCACCGUUUCAUUAACGUCCCGCUGAUGAAACCUUGAGACUAUGAUCGUGAUAAUUGACGGAACUUUGUCAAUCCAAUGAUGGAUGAAGGAUGGAUGUCUUGUUUCUUGUUCCAUCAUACUUCACCACGACGGUCAACGCGGGUUGGUGAACAACAACUACCGCGGACUUUCCCACGAAGUGGUACGUAGUGCAUCGACCUUCCGAUGUGCGAACGGCGCGCACUCUGACCGACGCGCUAACCCGACGUGGUUUUUUUUUUCCGCGUAAAUGUUACGGUAUUAAAUACCGUAUUUUCUUCAAGUGACAUUACAGAGCGGUUGUGCAAAACUUGCGGCGAGGGCGGCGUUAGCGUCAAUGGCUACACGGGAGCCACGGCGAGUCUCAAGACCGCUCAUCAAGGAGGGCCCUGCGCUCGUACGCGUGACCAAUGAUGCGGUGUACGGGGAACACUGCCAUGCGAGAGGGCAUCGCUCAAACGACGUGCUUGAUGUUUGGCCUCCAAAAGAAGAAGAAAAAAAGACCCUGCAAACUUUACGCCCGUCUCUGCGUGAUCCAGCCAACACCCAACUCUGGAUCUUCUACCAGAGAGGGAGGGAGGUUGUUAAAGCCAAAAGCCAUAGCCACGCGUGGCCCCAGACAUCACUUGAACUGCGUGUUUGCACUGAGGCCAUCGAGUUCACACACCGGACCUGGUAGGAAGAGAACAACUCUUCCGAACGAUGGGUUUUGUUCUUGAGACACGGGAAACCUCCGUUCCAUGCACCAUCCCUUGUACCGCACCGCCGGCCAUACACGUCUCUCAACCUGAAUGUGUGUCCACUUAAAUUUGAAUGCAAGGCUACCGUACGGUCUGGUUCGGCCGGCACAUUCUCGGUUGCAUACAGGCUGGCCCCCUCGAAGCGCUUUUGUUGUUGUGAAAAUUGUGAAUUUUGUCUCCGUUUUAAAACGUUCUGGCCCCCAGGGCUCCGACUCGUGGUGUGGGGCAAAAGGCGGUUUGCAUAACUAAUGGGAGGGGCUACCUCAGUAGUGGGCGGGGCCAGUAGGU